GAAUAUGUAUCGGUCAAGUGUUCGCACAUACAACCCUGCAGUUUUACAAAUACAUGAAUAAAAGGCACAUUUUGUCAUCAAAACAGACAUAGAAAGGAUAAGUUCAUUUUUUCUGCCCGGUAAUCACCUGCUCAAGAUGAGCGGUCUACCUUUUAAUGCCAUGCAAAAGAAGGUGCCACCGCCUACACAUAUCGAUACUGCCAUUAUUGACCCCGUAGAAUUCGCGUUCGUAUCGGCGGGCGACAAUUAUGUGUUCAUAGCCCACCAAGAAUGCCUGCAAAUGUCUCCAUUCCUUAGGAGAGCCUUGACUAAAAAGGCUCCGUUACACACCGACAAUGUUUGGAUCGAUUUCGAUGCGUUAAACUAUGAAUCAAAUGAUUUGUCACCUCCGAAUGUCCCUGGUGUUAAGGGUCAAACAGUCCCUAAGGGAGAUCGUGCGACAAGUGAAGUUAGGAUAAGGAUAAGUUUCCCAAAAGCUACUCCCUUGGCUGUUGAUAUACUUCUCUCUUAUCUCUACUACAAACGUAAAUACGAGGGCAAUGUGAAUACUAAGCGACCUGAGUUAGGGGUUCCCGCCAGUUGCGCUUUGGAACUUCUGAAACUUUCUAAUGUUCUGGAGUGCUAGUUGUUGAAUCGACUCUUUUCCCCGUUGUGGCUCGUGUCGUGGUGAUAGAAAUUACCCAAACAUUGAGUUCAGGCUAUAUCCACAAGUAUGUAAGCGAUAGAACGCCCCUAACACGAUGUACUUGGAUUGAGGAUCCUUCUGUUCUUAAAGGUGUAUGCUAGGAUGCAAAUACGCCAUGUAUGAUAUUGUAUUUCGUAGGAGCCUGGUAAAAAAAAAAGUGCGUUCCACUGUGUAUUGACUAUCGAUGUUGUU